CCUGUGUUCGUGGAAUCGUGGAUUAAACUGUCAAGUUUACUGUCACAGAGACGCAACGUCUAUCAUACUAUAAGUCAUAAUAAGUCUUCUUUUGUAUAAUUAAGAUUAGGAUAUGACUGAAAAAUAUAAUUUAGAAAAUAAUUUAGAAAAGUUAACAAUGGAGGAACAUGUUAACCCCAGGGAUGUCAAUAAUAAAAGAAAAACUUACUUGGAUUGGGAUGAAUAUUUUAUGGCAACAGCUUUUCUGGCUGCAAUGCGAAGUAAAGAUCCAGUUACCCAAGUCGGUGCUUGUAUUAUUGAUGAAGAUAAAAAAAUUGUUGCAAUUGGCUAUAAUGGAAUGCCAACUGGUUGUUGUGACGAUGAUUUCCCAUGGAACAAAGAAGACAAAGAUGAAUAUAACACUAAGUUUCUUUAUGUAUGUCAUGCUGAGGUCAAUGCUAUUCUAAAUAAAAAUUGUACUAAUGUGAAAAACUGCAGUCUUUACGUAGGACUGUUUCCAUGUAAUGAGUGUGCAAAAGUGAUAAUUCAAUCUGGUAUCAAGAAAGUUUUCUAUAUGUCAGAUAAACAUAGUUAUAAAAAAUCAACCAUAGCUGCCAAGAGAAUGUUUGAUGCUGCUAAAGUUGAAUACAGCCAAUACAAACCUAAAAAUAAGAAGAUUGUAAUUGACUUUUCUGAAAUUAACUGGAAUGACAUGACUCAGGUGCCUCCAAGUCCAAAAUAAUACGCAAGUAUUCAGCUAGGGUGACUGAAAAAUGUUUUUUUUUAUUUACUUGAAAUAUUCUAUCAGGUUUAGAAAAAACAAAUUGGUAUUCAUAAUUAAGUGUUUUUUUAUACUUAAUAUGUUAUUUAUUUAUGUUAAAUAAUAUAUUUAUAAAAGAUUUCGCUUAACCAUGUAUAAAGUAUUUAUCACUCAAUAUUAAUCAAUAUGAUCAAGGAUUGAUCACGUUUUAUUAUUAACUUGAUUGCUAUAACUGCGAACUAUUGUAAAAAAUAUAUUUGAAGUCAAUCGCGAAAAAAGUCCUAGCGUGCAGGCAAUGUAUAAAUACGAUAUUAAUGUAACAAAGUUGUAGGUUUUAUCUCAACGCUCAGCGUACUCGCUGUAGCCCUGUCACAAUUUUUAUUUUUUAUUUAACACACUAUUAGUAAACUACAGAAUAGGGUGAGAAACGGAUACUGUGCGCUCGCAUGUGUACGCGCAAAAUAAGUGCGUUUUGAAGGACAACAGUAACAAUAUUUAAUUAAACAAUAAAAAAAACUCACUCGUUUUUUAUUCCGAUUUACUUUUUAUUUAUCGGAUCAAAUUGGGCAAAUUCAUCAUUGACCCGCCGCUCUGGCCAUGGUUUUCGUUGUUCGUGGUGUAGCACAAGAAAGUGUAGGCGCCGGUCGCCGUCAUCCUCCCUUGGGUGAGCCGAUAUGUUUGCUCGCGGUGUCGAUUCCACGGGGUCCAUUUUGUUAUCUUCAUCCUUGUCGUCCGUAUGAGAAUAGUCCGCGGUAUAAUUGGACCAGUCUCAUACGGUAUAUGGGAAGACUUUUAACACCACAGCAAGGUAAUCGUCUUCUCUGAGAUAUUCUAUGAUGACUUCUCUUUGCUGCGCUAAUGUACUAAUAAUCUAUUUCUAAGUCUUUUUGCAUAGUUUCUAUACCGGGUUUAUAUAAUGCGGCAGCGGCUAACAAUUCGGUACUUUUAUUGUUUCAGUCCUUCAUCCGGAUUGAUUAAAGAAAUAGUUUCAUCUAUUUCAACAUUACUCCGUUGUCUAGUAUGAAUUAAUGAAAUGCAUACAAUGUGUCUAAUUGUUAAACGAUAAG